AUGGAGAUAGAUCUCGAUGAGAGCAUAUUUAAUGAGGGCAUGGAUAAAUACUUAGAGAUAAAGUCUGAACUGUAUGGAGUCUUUAGUACUGAGAUUGAUAAUUCAGAAGUACAACUAGCCAGUAAGAUAGACUUAAGUAUCCUGCAAAGUGCUAAUGCUUCUUCUUUGAUAGAACAAGUCCAUUCUGAACUGUUUAGUCUAGAUAGAUCUUAUUGGGAGCCAGAACCUUCCUUAAGAAUUGCUGUUCAUGGUUUACCCCAAAGUAGUUUAGUCUUUAUCCAACAUACGCGUGAACUGCUAGCCAGACGUUUAGAAAUGCCAGUUAUAUUUUGUGGUGAGAGAUUGCGAGAAGCCUCACAUAUUCUAAUUAGUACGAGUGCUGGGACUAGAUGUCCUUUAGACUGUGCUUAUGUUCUAGGUAUUUUACUGGGUAUUCCGGUUGUUUCUUUUGACUGGUACUUGGACUUGUUUAAUUAUACUGGUAGUUUAAGUAUCAAAACAAUUACUCUGCUUAAUUUAGUGCAAGGUGAGAUUGAACCUAGAAAUGCAGUAGAAAUAUCUUAUCUCUUUAAACCAACCCAGGGAUUUUUUGCCAAUACGUACUUGGAACUAUCAAAUGAUAUCUCUUUUUAUGCCCGGGAAAUCAUUGAGUUUUGUGGUGGAACUACUUCUUCAGCUAAAAAGCCGGUUGUGCAAGUGCAUUCGGAUGAGGACUUACUAGCUUUGAUUCUGGGUUCAUCACAACAGAUGAGUUUGCCAGCUUUGUUUACCGUUCGGUCUAGAUCGGGACGGAAACCUCCUCUGAAAAGUCCUCUAUUUAAAGACUAG